CAGGUCGCCAUCAUAGGAGGGGGUCCGGCGGGACUGACAAUGGCACACGCUCUCCUGAAACUUCCCACGGGAGUCGAGCAAGUCAAGGUAUUCGAGCAGAAGAACGAAAGUUUGCCGGGGAUAGGGGGAGGGAUUCAGAUCAACGGGGGAGCUGCGGUGCUGAGCAGGCUGGGGAUGAGGGCGAAGAUCGCAGAGUCGUGUCAACCCCUGCGGACCAUUUUGUCGCGCAACGUCGACGGGAGGGAGUUGCUGAAGAUGUCAAUCGCUCGGGAUCGUGCGGCCCGAGAGGCUCUCAUGGUGGAGGGAGAUAUUAUGGCGUACUUGGUCAUGCGCGAUCACCUCCAGUCGAUCCUGUCAGAUGACCUCCCGGACGGAACCGUGAUCUACGGAAAGAAGCUGAAGGACAUGCAGGUUGGAGACGCAGGCUCGCUCUGCUCCUUCCAAGACGGCACCAGCGAGCAGUUCGACCUCGUCAUAGGAUGCGAUGGGAUCAAGUCCAGAGUCAGGCAGGAGAUCGUCGGGCAGGAGACGAAGAUAUACUCGGGGAUUCGCAUCAUCUUCAGUGUCGCGCCUGCCGAAGGAGAUUCUUCUCGCCCUGCAGACGUUCAAUCGGAUGUUCACCAGUGGUUUGGCGAAGGAUCCUACGGGUUUGCUGCCACGUACGGAGGAGGAAAGGGAAAGAAGUUCGAUCAGGUUCCACCUUGUCUUGUCCUACAUCCACGUCCUCCUUCCUCACUACUGCGGCAGUUUGCCUAUACCUCCACGGACAAGCGCGGAGACUUUGUAAGGAGGAUGAAGGACAAGAGGAUGCCACAGGAUCUCGUUCGCAUAGUUGAGAAUGCAGAUCGAUUCUUCGACGUUGGGGUUUAUUUCCACAACCCUCUCGUCACCUGGCAUAAAGGAUCUGCCGUCCUACUUGGCGAUGCUGCGCAUGCGAUGCCUCCGUUCCUAGGGCAGGGUGCGAACCAGGCGAUGCAGGACGCGUAUUGCCUGGCGUCCAACCUGGCAGAGAUCGGAAAGAAGCAUGCUUCCUUGCCAGAUGCGCUGAAGGCAUACGAGAGGAGGAGGAAGCCGCCGACGACCCGCAUCAUGCUCAACUCGUGGAUCCUCGGGAACCUCGAGACCCAGACAGGACUGGGAGCUAGCUUCCGAGACAACUUCUUCACUGCUACCGGAGCCCUGGGUGAGAGGAUGUGGGAGGAGGGAGGGGAGGAUGUGGGAAGGGGGAGGAAAGGAAGAGAGAGCACGGGGAGGGCGAGGGAGGAAUGGGGGGAGGAGAGAGGAUGGCAGGAGAGGAUGCGAGAGGGAGAGUAG